AUGCAGCAAAUCAAAACUCCGCUCAAGGAGGAUGACGGCAUCACGAGAUUGAAGCAAUCCUUAUCUGCAAGAUGGGGAAUGCGAUUUGCGGCCCGUGACAAUUCGUGGAGUCCAUCCAAGAGGGAUCCUACAUCUCUUGAUGAUAAGAUACAUGGGUGUAUUCAAUAUCUCUUCUGGAGGAAGGGCAAUGAAGCAGCCGCACUGGACUAUGCCUUGGCUCAAUUCGAGCGACAUGCUCCAGCCAUUGUUGCGGAUUGGGUCUUCAAGCCAAGAGCAGAGGCUGAUGUAAUCCCUACUCGAAGCUCGAAAGAUAGCAGCGUCAACCGCGAGUUUUUGAAACGACGAAAUGAACUCACAGAUGACAACAACCAAACUCUGAAGCAAUGCUUGCUACAGAAGCUGAACGAAGUCGCCGACAAACUUAAAAGGGGAGCGUCCUACAUAACAGUCCCGACUAUCAUGCCAUCAAUAGAGGAAAGUGGGAACAAGGAUCCCAUUAAAAAGGCGAAGCCCAAUGCUGGAAAACCCGCUCCUGGAUUACGCCAGACUUCCAUCACGUUGUGGUCUCGUUCAAAAAGCGCGCCGAAUCCGCCUACCUCAUCAAGUGACGAGUAUCCGGCUGACGAGUCCGAUUUCGUGAAUCUCGACGUUACUAAAGUCGUCGCUUCAGGUCCAGCCAACAAAAUUAUAUCGCACGAAUCUGAAGACAAUGCUCACACAGAGGCAUUCCAGACUCCUCCUACUUCUCCGUUGAAGGCAAUUCGGUCCGGCAAUAGUACUUCAGACACAGGAAAUAAUGGGUCGAUGCUCCCGCCGGAUGGAAGGAAAAGACGCUUUGAACCACUGCCAAAGAGUCAAGAUGCCCCUCAAGACUCAAACAAGCGCCGUUCUACAAGUAGAAAUCAGCACUACAUAAGCGAGGCGGUCGAGACGGUCGAUGAUCAAAGCCCCCUGGUUUCCUUUAAAAGCGAUAUAUCAGCUGCUUCCUCGGAGACAACACCCAGCAACCUGGCCUCGACAUUCACCUCACCUCAGACUUCUUUCUCCACAGUAUACUCUAACGACUCGAAAAGAUCGUCAUUCGACUUUUCGCCUGGGGGUGAUAGUGACAUGACUAUUCAGGCAGUAAAACAAUCUAGUCGGCAACUAAAUACAAUAGAGGCUACGUCAAGUCUCACAGAUGUCGACAUAAGGGACGUUUCGUCCAAUACAGCUGCUUCGCCUCCUAAACCCAGUGGCCUAAAAGAAACAAUCCUUUCCCGCCUUCACAACCAUCCUCCGUUCGGGGAAUCAUUACCAAGAAAAUUUGCAUCCCUUCCAUUUCGCCAGACUUAUGAGUUACUCAGAGUGUGCCAAAGGAGUAAAGUCGAUCUUCAUGCAUUUGGUCCCGAUUUACAGAAAGAGAUCUCAGACUACCCGAUUUUCUGGGCCUUAAUGGCCAAGGUAGUCAAAGCCCAGGGAGCCAGUAUGCCUGAAAAAUCCAGUCUCCUUGCGUGGGAGGCGGCGGGACAACAAUCUGACCGCUUGGCUCUUAGCGGAAAAUUGAGAUUCAACAAAGAUAUCAAGGGUCCGCUGCUGUCCUUCAAGCUGAAUGCCUUUAGGAUGGAACCCUCAUGUCGAGUUGUGAGAGAAUUUGGUAGUGGGCGCUUCUGUACUGUAAGCUUUCCAGGAUUCAUGCGUGCGAGCCUGCCUGAAGAGCUUAGCAAAGACGCGGAAACUUCUAAGAGCGCUCUCAUUCAGUGGUUGGUGGAGACUAAACAUAGGCUUCUUGGGCGAACCUGGCGCGCUUUCUUCCCAAAAGAAGAUGGCGCAGCAAGCAAGAAAAAGGGGCUACAAAGCUUCUCGGACGAUCGCUUUAAGAUAUAUAUGUUUGCUGAGGAUGGACAGGGCUUCAGAACCGGCCCACUCAAUGGUGAGCUGGAUCCUCGGUUGCCUAAUCAUGAAAUGUUGUCGGUGGAGAAAUUGCUGGACUGGUUCAUGCACGCUAAAACGAAUCGCGAUCAUGCAGCGCUGAAGCUAUUUUCACGGCUUCAAUUGGCUGUGAGCAAGACCACCCCAACAAUUGAACUCAGUCCAAAUCAAAUCUAUUCGGAAUACGAUACUCGCGCUGACAAUCCAGAGCCUCGAAGGCUGACGAAUGAUCGCUCCAAGACGUCCAAAGCACCGCCACUUAGUAACGCUCCUUCAAUGAAUGACGGAUGUGCAAGGCUGUCCAAAGGAGCUGCUAGCGACGUUGUUGAGUAUCUUGGUCUUGACUACACUCCUGCUGCAUUCCAAGGUCGGUUUGGCAGCGCAAAAGGAAUGUGGAUGGUCGAUCUCGAUCCAAGCCGCAAGGACGAGAAGUGGAUCGAAGUCACGGAAUCACAGUCGAAAUUCGGCAUCAACCCGAAAGACAUUUUCAGCAGACCACGGGCUAAGUUCACUUUUGAAAUUAACGAAUUCGUAAAGCCUCUCCGGCCUAGUAGUCUAAGCAUCUCUCUCAUGCUCAUACUUCAAGAUCGAGGUGUUGCUGUACGCAUACUCGAAGAUAUGCUCGAAGCAGAUCUUUCCACAGCUGUCGGCGAGCUUCAAGCCUCUAUGGACUCACCUCUCUCUGUCAAAUAUUGGAACCAACAGCAUAGUCGCGCAAGUGUGGACAACACAGCCGCUGACGCCCUCGCCUUCCUUGGUGGCUUGCCGGUCUCUCCUUCAGAGAUUAUCAAUUGGUUCAUCGAUCACGGGUUUGACCCUAAAGAAUGCCGUUACCUUAGGGACCAAUUGUUCGAUGCUAUCAGAAGAUACCGUCUCCAAUUAGAGCAGAGAAUGAAAAUAGAGGUUCCGUCAUCCACGUAUGCAUACAUUAUAGCCGAUCCGUUGGCAGUACUAGAGGAGAACGAGAUCCAUCUCUGUUUUUCAAGCCCUUUCCCCAACGCAAAAUCAGGCCUUAACGACCUUGAUGACCUGGACGUCUUGGUUUCUCGGUCUCCGGCGUACUUGCCAUCUGACGUUCAAAAGGUACAUGCUGUUUUCAAGCCUGAGUUGCGAUCUUGUCGCGACGUCAUUGUCUUCUCCUCGAAAGGAGAAACCUCCUUGGCCAGCAAACUGUCGGGUGGGGACUACGACGGUGACAAGUGCUGGAUUUGCUGGGACUCCAGACUCGUUGAGCCUUUCCACAACGCCGAAGUUCCGGCACCCACCCCGCUAGAGGUAUUUGGUAUUGAAAAGGAUUCCAAAUCGGUGGCAGACUUUUUGGAUAAUAGACAGCAAUUUACCACGAACUUCAUCACGCACGGAUUCGAAUUCAAUCUUCAGCCUAGUCUACUGGGGACUUGCUCCAACUACCAUCAGAGCCUAUGCUAUCAAAGAAAAUGCAUCAAUAGUCCAGAAGCUAUCGAAAUUGCCAACUUGCUUGGUUUGUUAGUUGAUAGCGGUAAAGGCGGUUUCAUUUUCUCCGAGGCAAAAUGGUCACAGUAUCUGAAAUCCAAAGGUCUGAAAAAGACUCUCAAGAGGCCAGCAUACAAAAGUCUCGAUCCUGCAAAUUCUAACAAGCACUUUAUAGACCACCUAAUGUUUACAGUAGCGAGAAAGGCAAGUGAAGAUGCUCUGAAGACGUUCGACCAAAAGUUCAGUAACGCACAUACACGCGAUCAGGACCUCUUGGCCGCGUACGAGGAAAGGAUCGAGGAUAGCAAAGAUGAGGCAGGCUUUUCCGACACUUUGAGACACGUGGGUAAUGAACUAGAGCUUAUCAUGGAUACGUGGAAAAGAAAUACAAGACUAAAGGACUCUGACAAACAAAAACUCGGCGCCCCCGCAGAGGACACGGGAGAGAGGUUUAGAGCCGCAGUGAUAUCAUGCCGACAAAUGUUCUGUGACAUAGCUCCCAUUCCACCCGACUCUAUCAUCUCAUUCUCUCCCACAAUUCAAAAUUGGGCCAGAGAACAUGCACGCGGCCAGUCCUUAGAUUGGCCCUAUUUGAAAGCUCUAAUCGCUUUCAAGAGAUUUCACCAAACAAAUAUGAUCUGGCAUAUAGCAGGCCUUGAGCUUGCGGAGAUCAAAGCUCGUUCCAAGGGAAUCGGUACAUAUCGCACUACCGUCAAUGACAUUGCGUCCGGGUUGAAAGUGAGUGGCAAAGUGGUUGCCGCCCGAAGAGGACGUGAAGACAUGGAUUCUUUAUUGGAUGACGUGGAGGGACACAAUGAAGAAGCUCAUUCUACAAAAGCUGACGACGACGAUUAUGGUAGUUGGCCAUCCGACUACGACUUCGAUGUCGAUCUGGAUUUGGAUUUCGCUACCGAAUAUGAAUAA